AAGGAAAGGCAGGGGUUUGGUGUGUUUACAUCAGUCUCUGAAAAAAACAGCCAUGUUUUUCAACACAGUGUUCCUCAACUGCUCAGGAAGUGCUUUAAGCCGUAAUUAGUUCGGUCGGAUCUGAAAGUGGAUACAGGUGGUCGGAGUGUUUUCCCAGUUUGCAUUGGCACAGCAUUCCGAAUGCACGGAUUAACUCGGACAGAGAAUGCAAACGUGGUCUUUGGUUUUCCUGCUUUGCGUCUGGAAGAAUGUCUCAGGGCAGAUCCGCUUUUCGAUUGCCGAAGAACUGGAAUACGGCGCCUUGGUUGGGAAUGUCGCUGAAGGUUUGGGGCUACACGUAAAGAACCUGGUUAGUCGCAAGCUCCGCGUUAUGUCCGAGGCGAGUGAACGGUAUUUCGAUGUCAACUUGAAAACCGGUGAUUUGUUUGUGAGCACUAAAAUAGACAGGGAGAAGCUGUGCGGGAAAAGCGCCAAAUGCAUCCUUAACAACGAAAUCGUCAUCGAAAACCCCCUGUCCCUAUACAGCGCGGAAGUGGAGAUAUUGGAUAUCAAUGACAAUGCCCCCAGUUUCCCCAACGAGGAGCUCAAAUUGGAGAUUGUGGAAUCGGUUCCCCCGGGAACUCGCUUCCUGUUGCCCAGCGCUUACGACCCAGACGUGGGAGCCAAUUCCAUCAGGACUUACCACUUGAGUCCGAAUGAGCACUUCUCGCUGGAAGUUCAGAAUAGUAGUGAUGGCGGAAUAGUCGCGGAGCUUCUGCUGAAGAAGUAUUUGGACAGGGAAGAGGUUGCGACGCAUCGGUUGCGCCUGACAGCCAUUGAUGGCGGGAUUCCAGAGCGAUCUGGCACGGCACAGUUUGUUAUUACCGUUCUCGACGUGGACGAUAAUUGGCCGGUGUUUGGUCAGACCAUCUAUAAAGUCAGUCUGAUGGAAAAUGCGCCAGUGGGGGCCUUGAUAAUCAAGCUCAAUGCCACCGAUUUGGAUGAAGGUCCCAAUGGAGAUAUUACCUAUUCCUUCAGCGGCCGCACCCCACACAGGGUUCGUGACCUGUUCAGCCUGGGAUCCAAAACAGGGGAGUUGAGGGUCAAAGGAGUGUUGGAUUUCGAAGAAAACAAUCUUUAUGAGAUCAAUGUAGCGGCCAAAGACAGCCUGCAUUUCGCAGUAUGUAAAGUGAUGGUGGAGAUACGUGACGUGAAUGACAACUCGCCCGAGGUGACGCUGAUGUCAGUGUCCAGCCCUGUCCCUGAGAAUGCUCAGCUCGGCACCAUGAUCGCUCUGAUCCGCGUAACUGACCGGGAUUCCGGCCCAAACGGCCACGCUGAAUGCUACGCCCCAAACCAUGUGCCAUUCGAACUCAAGACAUCUCUGAAGAACACCUACACCCUUGCCACCAACCGUGCCCUGGACCGGAAACGGAUUUGCAGUACAACAUUAACAUCAUCUGUCGAGAUGAAGGGACCCCGCCUCUCUCCACCAACAAAACCAUUUUGGUUGAGGUAUCAGACGUUAAUGACAAUUCGCCACGUUUUGCACAGGCUUCUUACACCGUCUAUGUGCAGGAGAACAGCCCACCAGGAACUUCCAUCGGUUCUGUCUCUGCCCUGGACCCAGAUCAGGACCAGAAUUCACACUUGUCAUAUUCAGUCCUGACCACCCAGGUGAAUGAUCUGCCUGCAUCAGCCUAUGUGUCCAUCAGUCCAGCAACUGGUGU